AUGAGGCCGGAAGAUGAAGGUGAGGUGCAGAAGGGAAAUACCUUAACUGAGCAGCAAGAAGCGCUCGUCCAAAAGCUUGAGGAAACCAAAAUCGUGGGCACCCCUUUGUCUUUCUACAGGGAGCUCCACUUGAGAACUUUCAGGGACUAUGAGGAGAAGCCACGGUGA